UUGUUGCCAUUGAACUUAAUUGUGACGUGGUGCAUUGUGGGAAUGGCGACGAUGUGGCUGGAGCAAUAACAUCUGACCAAAGUUAUGUCUUAGCUCAAACUUUAAGCGUACGGAAAAAUAUAGUUUAAGGGAUUGUCCGUUGUUAGAAAAUAAACUAAAAUGAACUUCAACUCUGCGGGUGCCAGACACCCUGCUCAGCGCAAGGCUAAAGCUGCAGGGGAUACCUCCCCAGGUACACCAAUGUCUCCAUACCCUGCACCUUUCAACCCUGCGUAUCCCACUUAUCCCCCACCGUACGGCCAGCCAGGAGCCAAUAUGUAUGGCCAGCAGCAAGGUGCUGGCGAGUACAUGCAGCCAAUGCAACCAAAUAUGGGAGGAUUCCCGGGAGCCCCUCCGGUGAACCAAGGUUUUGCCAUUCCUCCUCAAAUUUUUGAACAGCCAAUGGUAGCUGACUUGGCUAUGCAUUAUGGAGCAAGCAUGGUGGGAGCAGGGCGCCAAAUUGUUGACAGAGAAUUGGAAAAGUAUGUCCCUGUGUCAAGACUCAAAUACUAUUUUGCUGUGGAUACAAAAUAUGUAACCAACAAGCUGCGUUUACUCUUCUUUCCAUUCACUCACUCGGAUUGGUCUAUGAAAUAUGAACAAGGGCAGCCUGUCCAACCACGAUACGAGCUGAAUGCGCCAGACUUGUACAUACCCACCAUGGCAUAUGUCACUUACGUUCUGCUGGCAGGAUUUGUCCUUGGGUUUCAAAAUCGGUUUUCCCCUGAGCAACUGGGUAUUCAAGCAUCAUCAGCUCUAGCUUGGGCAGUAGCAGAAGUGCUUGUUGAACUUAUCACAUUAUAUAUAACAAAUAUAAAUACGAAUCUUACUACUCUUGAUCUGGUAGCAUACAGUGGGUACAAAUAUGUAGGAAUGAUUUUUGCCAUACUCCUAAGUCUUGCUUUUAGCAAAAUGGGAUAUUACCUCGGCCUUAUUUAUUUUAGCAUUUCAUUGGCAUUCUUCCUGAUUCGCACUUUAAAAUGUCAAGUAUUGCCAGAGGGACAUUCACAACCAUCCCACGACAUGUACGGGAAUCCUAUGAUGAAUUCAGAUCAACACCAUUCAUCUGGGACCAAGCGAAGAACUUAUAUACUUCUGUUUGUUGCGGGCUUACAACCAUUACUAAUGUGGUGGUUGUCUUCUCAUCUUGUUUCUACAUCUCUUCCAAAGGUGUAGCAUUAGUCAUUGAUCAUCAUCCAGCAGGACUUUGUUGGUGUGCUUCUGUCUAAAAGAAUCUUGAUGCUAAGUACAGUUAUUGAUUUAGCAGAUUAUCCCUUAUUUUCCUUGUGCCUUUAUUGAAUCUGUGAGUUAAUUAACUGUUAAAAUUGUAUUUCUCUCAUGGGCCCCUGCAUUUUUCCUCUGUUCUUAAUUUUGUAUGUAACAUUGUCAUCUGGAUUAAUAUAAACAAAUUUCAAUUUCCUUAUUGUGGUAAUUCCAAUGGAGGUUUCAUUAGAGUUUUGAUUUAAAAAUGUUGUUGUUUUAUAAUAUUAGUUGGAAGUGUGGGGUUCAUGGCAAUAGGGAAGUUUUCACCCGCCUUUUCCCCUCUGGUCAAGUAUCAUUUUCUACUCAUUCUUUUCAUUAUUUUGUAUUAUUUUCCUUAUUCCAACUUGAGUACCACUGACAAAUGUGCCGCCUGUUCAUUUUGAAUAAAUAAUAUGUACUUUUACAAUGA